GUAAUGCGUGUAUGCGUGUAAUGUGUGUGCGCGUGUAUACGCGCGCGCACGUUUGCAAAUUACUGUGAUAUUAUAUAUAUAUAUAUAUAUUUAUAUAACAAUAUGUCAAACCCGAACAACUAUUGGGAAAAUUGUUUGAGGAAGGAAGAUCUCUCUUUCACAUUUCAAAACGAGUCACUUCAGUCAUUUCAACAGUCGAUACAUGAUUCGCUACAUCAUCCACCAUAUCAGUCAACACAUCCGCCAACACAUACACUUAAUGAACCAUCGUACCAUACACUUCAGAAGCCGCCAAGCCAACAAAUACCCCUAAACUUAUUCCAUCCUGUGCAACGAUUUGAAGAAAAAUCAUCCAUACUGAGGACGGCUUUAACGCAUGAUAGGAAACCUCCAGCAGCAAAUUACUAUACAAAUCCAGACAAUUAUUCACCGACUAUCAGUACUAAUAAUCUAAUCGUUUCGCGCGAUUGGGAAACGUUCUCGUCCUCAUCAUCUAGUCAAAUAUCGCCGAUUGCCGAGAACCAAUUCAACGCACAGGAGGCAUAUCGGCAACAGCAAAUUCCUUAUGAACAAAAUUACACCGAUCAUGCCGGCAGUUGCAAUACUCCGAUUUCCACGUCAAGUCGAAGACUGCAAUCAAGAAUGCAGGCCUUACAUCUCCAAAACACAUACUUGCAACAGGAAACGAAUUGUAAUAACAACAACGAUAACAAACCAAGAAAUAGACACAGAGAUAUAAAUAACAGACACAGAUUUUCUCCUCACGAAAGCCUUCCAUCGUUUGCAUGGGUAAAUAGGACUAACGUUUCAAAUCAAGUAACUGGAAUCGAACAAAAACGCACAAGGCAGACCUAUACACGGGAACAGACUUUAGAAUUAGAGAAAGAAUUCUAUACCCAUCAAUAUGUCUCGAAGCAGCGUCGUGAAGAGCUCUCUCAACAACUACAUUUGACAGAAAGGCAAAUCAAAAUUUGGUUUCAGAAUCGGCGAAUGAAAAAUAAGAAGCUGAAAAGUGAAUCACAAAAUGACGUUUCUUCAUCUACGACCGCAAUAAAUGAUUCGGGAAUCGAUAUGAUUCAACAAGCGAUUCAACAAGAACAAAAAUCAAAUAUCUCGCAACAGCUGCAAUCGCAACCAAUUCUGCAACAAUUUGAAGGAGCAUAUCAGGAUUAUUUUAACAUGCAAUCUUAUCAGCAAGAUCCGCUAUCUCUAAUGCAAUAUCACAAUAAUCUUUGAAAAUAAUAAAAAUAUCCAGGGAACUGUUGCAAUAAGGAUGACAAUGUAGCCAGGUAAGACUUACGUCGGCGUUUUGAAGUCAUUCGAAGUAACCUUCAGAAACGCAGUAUGUCGAACUCGGAACACAGUUGGUCCUUCACGCCGGUUCGUAAAGAGGGAAUGCCGCGACGACCGAGAUCGGGGCAGCUGACCUUGCAUCACUAUGAUUUAUAGUCGAGCGAAACAACGAGCGUUCUACAACUCAGGUAUCAAAAAAGCUCGGCCGUUCACACUGCAUUUUCUUCGAAACAUUCUUUUAAUAACAUUACAUUUUACGGGGAAAUAUUUGCACACGUCAUUCUCGAAAAU